UCCCGCACUGCCUGACCCUGCGGGGCCAGCGACAGUCCAUCGUCGUGGCGGCCAGCUCUAGAUCCGAGAUGGAAAAGUGGGUUGAGGAUAUACAAAUGGCCAUCGACUUGGCAGAGAAGAGCAGCGGCCCCACCCCCGAGCUCCUGGCCAGCAGCCCCCCUGACCACAAGUCCCCGGAUGAGGCGGCGGCCGACCAGGAGUCGGAGGACGACCUGAGCGCGUCGCGCACGUCGCUGGAGCGCCAGGCCCCGCACCGCGGCAACACCAUGGUGCACGUGUGCUGGCACCGCAACACCAGCGUGUCCAUGGUGGACUUCAGCGUCGCUGUGGAGGUACGGCCCCCGGGCGGCGCCCCUUCUCCGCAGGCCCUCCUCUCGCGGCGCGUGGACAGAGGCCCCCGUGCGGGCGGCGGGGUGUAG